AUGACCUCGAACCCUCCUCAGUCGGGCGUUCAACCAGGACAGAGCACCGCUACCAACCCGCCCUCCUCCUCCCCCCUGGCCGCUGCUGCUCCGCCAGCCAGGUCCUACGCCAACGCGACGAAGAAGUCCGCGACGGACUCGACCGCCGCUCCCGUCACCGUGGGUGGCUCGGCGCAACAUGGGAAGUCGACUUCCGUAUCUCCUGUGAACGGCAAACCCAUGCAAACCCAACAGCCCCAGCAGUCCGGUGUGACCAUCGUCAAUGGCGGUGCUCCGACUGCGCCUGCAGCUCAGGGUGACCACUCCCGGAAGCCCUCCGUGACCAUCACCUCGGCGGGAACGUCGGGAUACAUGCCCAACGGGGGGCCGGCCAGUCGCCCCAACAGCCUUCAGUUCGGCUUCGCCAACCAACAGAGCUCUCCGAACAUGGGCAAUCCUGCCGUGCUCGCUUCCUCCCAGCCCCAGUCUGGUUUGGGGGCGCCGUCUAUGAACCCGCGUGUCACCUCGCCUCAGACUUCUCCGUCUCCAAUCCCACAACCCGCCUCCAGCGGUGGUCGCCCUCCCCCAUCAACUUAUCAGGCGCAAGGCAACGUGCCGAACUUUGGUAGCUUUGGUGAUUCGGGCGAUAACAACGCACCCCUUGGCCCCGGUUCCCAGCACUUGCGUCGCGAGUCUUCUCAGUCCACUCACAGCGACAUGAGUAACCACAUGGGUAGCGGCCCUGGCCGUGGCGGAUACCCUCACCAGGGUGGUCGUGGUCGCGGAUAUUCUCAGUCGGGCUACCAGGGACAGAUGCCCUACUCGCCAGGGCCGAGUUUCCGCCAGACUCCCAACCAGCCCCGUGGCGGACCUAACAUGGGCCCUCAGUACCACGGACCUAACCAAGGCCGCCCGAUGCCCCCGUUCCCUAACUCGCCGCACCAGGCGAACCGGAGCCCGGCCCUCGCCAGCGCCCAUCCCACCACUCCUCAAAUGAACCAAGUCCCUAUGGCCCAUCCGCAGAUGCCUCCCCAGCCCUACACCGGCUAUGGGCAGCACAUGGGUCCCCAAGCUGUGAGACACCCUCCCUCCUCUCGUCAUCCCACGAGACCCGCCCGGCGUGGCAAUUAUGGCAAACAGAACAGGACGAACAACCGCGUCUUCUCGUUCAAUCCCCCUCCCUCUCGCCUUCCGGACUUGACGCCGGAAAGCGGCCAGUUCGACUAUUGGCUAACAUACAUGAAAAACAACCAGGCGUACCCCCCUUACGAUCCAAACUAUGGCUACUAUCCUCCCGGCAACGCCUACAACAUGCAGUAUAUGACCCCUCCGUCGCCUCAGCCCCGGCCCGGCAUGCCCUAUAACCCCCAGACCCCCUACAUGCAAGGACAAUAUCCCGUUCAGCCGCCGCCGCAGUCGACUCCCCUCUCGCGCACCCCGUCCCAGGUUUCCACCGAUCGUCCUGGCUCGAGUCUCGGUCAACCCGCUCCUGCAGGCCCUGGUCACGCUCACACUAAUAGCAGAUCCUCGAACAGCCCUGCCCCUGCGAAGCCGAAUUUCAUCAUUCCUUCCAACAAGAAGAGCCCAAUCGUGAUUAAGGACCCGGGCAGCGGUGUUGUCAAGACUUUCGAAAAGACCCCAGCCUCUCCGGCCCGUGCCACUCCUUCUCCCGUGAAGGUCGCCACUCCCACUUCGACCCCGCCACCCCGAACCGCGAGCGCUGCUGAACACACCCGCACUGACAGCAAGGUUAGCGGUGCCAAGACCGACGAGGAGAAGAAGCAGGAGUUGAAGGAUGCUGUUCGCCAGAAGAUUCAGGAGGAUGAGGCUGCUCAAAAGCGCGAGGCUGAGGAAGCCGCCGCCCGCAAGAAUGCCGACAAGGCCAAGGUCGCGGAACCCAAGGCCGCGGAACCCAAGGCUGCGGAACCCAAGGCUGCGGAACCCAAGAAGGAGGACACCACCGAGUCUGCUCGUGCUGCUCUUGAAGAUCUGAGCUUGAAGGAGAAGGCCGCUCCUGUGGAGGAGCCCAAGAAGGCCCCUGCCCCUGUUCCUGCUCCUGCCCCCGCGCCCAUCCAAGACGAUGAUGAGAUCGACUAUGACGCCAUUGAGCGUGAGAUGGCCGAGAUUGAGGCCAAGGAGCGUGCCGCUGAAGAGGAUUACAAUCGCAAGAAGCAGGCCAAGAAGGAGGAGGCCGAGCGCAAGGAGCGUGAAGAACGCGAAGCCUAUGAGACCAACAUGAAGAAGGCCGAGCAGGAGGCUGAGGAGCGUGAGCUUGCCCGCGAAGCCGCCCGUGCUAAGGGUGACUCCGGCGAGGACGAAUCUAGUCGUAAGGAGCGUGAGGAUCUCUUUGCCUCUCUCAAGAAGGGUGGUUUCGCUGCCACAGAGGCCUCCACCCCGGGUGACAGCGGUGCUGCCACUCCUGUUUCAUCUGACAUGUCUAUGGGUCCUCCGUCCAAGCCCGCCAGUGCCACCGCCAAGAAGCCGACUGGUCUGAAACUUGAUACUCCCAAGCCUACUGAGCCACCGCAGCCCAGCGCAGCCAUGAAGUCGCUGCAAAACGCGAAGUUCCUGGAGGAUCUCAGUGCUGUUACCUAUCCGUCCUCGGUCACCGCGCCGAACAGCGAAUUAAACACCAGCGCCCCGGCUGGCCGCCGCUUCCAUUAUGAUCGCGAUUUCCUGCUUCAGUUCCAGGCUACAUUCAAGGACAAGAUCUCUAUCGACUGGGAUGCCCGUGUGCGCGACACUGUUGGCGAUAGUGACUCUUCCCGCACUCCAUCCCGCAAUACCGGCCUGGGCAACCGUAACCCCUCCCACAAGGGCAUCCCUGGUGGCUUCUCUACUGUUAUGGGCAGCUUCGGUGCUCAACAUCCGUCCCGUCCCAUGCCUCAAGUCAGCACUCCUCUCGGUGGCCGUGGCUCUCACCCCUUCGGAUUCCCCUCGCGCCCUGGUAUGAGUGGCAUGGGCAGCGGUAUGCCCCCCGCUCUGGCUCUUCUGGGCCCCGGUAGCAAGCGUGGCGGCAAGGGUGGCCUUAAGAAGGAAGAGGAGACCAACAAGUCCAUGCCCCUCACUGCGGGUAUGGAGCUAAAGGCUCUCCAGAUCUCCGCUGGUGGAUGGAAAGCCCGCAGCAUUGGUCAGGCUCCUGCCGGCCCUGCCCCCGGUGGAGAAGGCCAUAUGGCUCCCGAUGUUGUGCAGCGUAAGGUCAAGGCCGCGCUGAACAAGAUGACGCCCGAGAAAUUCGACCGUAUCGCUUCCCAGAUUUUGGAGAUUGUGUCUCAGUCUAAGGAUGAAUCCGAUGGCCGCACCUUGCGCCAGGUCAUUCAGCUUACUUUCGAGAAGGCUACUGACGAGGCUCACUGGGCUCCGAUGUACGCCAAAUUCUGUAAGAGCAUGCUCGAGAGCAUGAGCGCCGAGAUCAAGGAUGAGAACAUUCGUGAUAAGAAUGGCAACAUUGUCACCGGUGGUUCGCUUUUCCGGAAGUACCUGCUCAACCGCUGUCAGGAAGAGUUCGAGCGUGGUUGGAAAGUCAACCUACCUCCCAAGCCUGAGGGCGUGACCGAGGAGAUUGCUAUGAUGUCCGACGAGUACUACAUUGCUGCUGCUGCCAAGCGACGUGGUCUUGGUUUGGUCAAGUUCAUUGGUGAGCUGUACAAGCUUGGCAUGUUGACGGAACGUAUCAUGCACGAGUGUACUAAGAGAUUACUCGACUUCGAGGGUAUUCCUGAGGAGGCUGAGGUUGAGAGUUUGUGCAACCUCUUGCGCACCAUCGGUGCCAGUCUCGAUGCCUCGGAGAAGGGUCCUGCCAUGAUGGACGCUUACUUCGCUCGUAUCAACCUCAUGAUGGAGAUGCCUGGCCUCCCCAGCCGUCUGAAGUUCAUGUUGAUGGAUAUUGUUGAUCUGCGCCAGAAGCGUUGGAACUCCAAGGAUGCCGACAAGGGUCCUAAGACUAUCCAACAAAUUCGUGAAGAGGCUGCUCGUGCGCACGCUGAGGCCGAGAUGGAGCGCCAACGCCAGCAAGCUAGCCGUGGUGGCGGUGGCGGUGGUGGUGGCCGCCCGGCUAUGGGCCGUGGUGAUGCCCGCGGUUUUGGCUAUGGUAACCAGGCUCCUCCUCCCGACUAUGCCUCUAGCAAGGUCGGCAGCGACGAUCUUCGCCGUCUGCGUGCCACACGCAACACCAACCAGCCUAUGUCCUUCGGCCCGUCCAGCCUGCUCGGAUCCCGCAGCAGCAGCGGCCGUAAGAACCUUGGCCCUGGUGGUAACCUGGUCCGGGGUAGCGAUGACAGCGCUGCCAGCAGCCGCACUGGUACUCCUCCUGCCGGCAAGAAGGAGGACAAGGAGGCCGCAUCGUCGAUCAAUGCUUUCAGCGCUCUCGCCAGUCUGGAAGACCGCGACAACAUGGCGACUUCGCCCCCGUCCAACCCCACCUCCCCGAUGCUCACCAAGUCGCAGCCCGCUACUUCCGAGCGCCGGCCCUCCAAAACCCCGUCUAAGGACGGCGAGAACGCAGCAUAG